GCUACGAGAAGGACGAGGAACGGCCGCUAGGGAAUUCGGCGCACGGGGAGAACACGUACGGGUGACGUGCCGCACCCGGCACGAGACCCAGCGCCGAGCGCAGCGAAAGAACCCAAUCUGAAAAUCCGUCACCCCGUUAUGCCAAUCCUCUACACGGACGGCAGCGCAGACGCGUCGACGGCCGGUGCGGCGGCCGCCGCUCACAGAGACGACUCGUCCACUAGCAAAAAACGGCGAAAGAAAGGUGUCAUCGGCCGCUUCGGCAGGGCUGUCGCAAAGUCUUUCAAAACAGGGGACAAAAACUAUUCGCGCCACAAGGACGUGGAGGUCGCCAACGAAAAACUACGCCAGCUUAACCAUCGGGGAGCACCAGGUCAACCCUCCACCGCGGAGCAGCUCCGGAAGACUACGAGGUACGCGGCCCAAACAAAGAGGUCUGCACCUGUGUUAGGGGAGCAACAGCGACAUCAUGACCUGGCUGGCAGGCUAUCCGACGGUCAAAAAUCUAACUCAGAGUCCUCAAAAGACACUUUACGGUGUCGAGACGGAUCUCCGCCGACGAGGCAUCCUCAUGGCAUCAGCAGUGCAGCACAUGGGGUGCGGUCCCGAUACCACCAUGAACCCAAAUCCUAUUCGGAAGAAACGGCAAGUUACAGCAUGCAUAGAAGUGACAGCACCCCCAUGAAUGUGGACGACCUGAGACAAGAGGUGGAAGAGUCCUUUGCAGCCAUAGAUGCCGAUAGCCCGUUGCCCUCAUCUUCAAUGUCCACGGCAAAUCUGAGUAUAUCUGAAGACCAAGCUUCUUUAGGCGCUCAGCAGGUCCUGCCACAGCCGUACAGCGGACCAGCUGUCCUGGACUGCGGUCAAAUGCAAGAAGUGAAGCUCCCUAAAUCUGCUGGCGACGACUUUGCUCAACAACGCUCCAUUAGCAAGAAUACCGCACAGUCAGAUACCAGAGACACCAGCAUGGCAGUGGCAACGAAUGCAGAGCUUGAGCCAUCGGCGGCGGCGGAUAACUCUGCCACGAGGGACGCCUGCGUUCAGACGGACGAUCUGGUCAAGAGCAACACUCGCGUUUGGCAUGCACUACGCAGCUUCUUCUCGGCGCUACGCGACUGUUUCUUGUGUUCUGCACUGGUGAAAAGAAGACGGCCGGAGUGAGUUGACCUGUGAGAAAUGUACGUUGCGCGGACGGCUCCAACGAUGAGCGUGAUGUACGUUCUGUUGCUGUUGUAUAAACUGAUCUGGUUUUGUUAAUGUGCUGCUUUCAUCGUGCGUCAAAACUCUGGGGGACGUCGUCGGGGAAGGGGGACAGAAGACUGAUCGUCAAGUUAGGGGGUAUUCUGUUUUGUGCCUUGUAUGUGUGUUGAUGUUCGUGUAGUCCUUCAAUAAAACGCACUCUUUCUUACA